GUCAGAUGUUUCAGAUCUUUUCGUACUGUUUCUAAUUCUGUUCAAAUAUUAGAUAUUUUAUUACUACUUAAUAGUUUAACUCCAAUUUAUAUUGAAAAGCCCACUUUCUUCUAUCAAAAAGUGAAGACUAUCAAGUUCGUUGGUAACCUCUGUGAAUUUGCAGAAGCCAGUUAUCCUUAUAAAGCUGUUAGGAUCAGCCUUACAUAAUCCGGUAACAAUCAACAUUCGCCUAAGCUAGAUGCAGAUGUGCUUAGUAAUUUGUAAGCAAUUUUUAAAUACAAUAAUAAGAAAACAUCCCAUGUUUGUUUCGUUUUUAGAAGUUAGGUAAAUGUUUACUUUUUAUGGCUAAUUUCUGCACUUCAAGGUAAGUGUAUGAUUAGUCUUAUACAGAUAUAUUGAAAAUAAUCUUAAUUUUUUCAUUUCCAAAACAUUUGAUUAGUUUCUGAUUGGAAUAUAAGUUCAAAUUUAAAAAGUCCAGUGUGACCGGUUUUCAAAUAUAUAUGAAAUGUGCAUAACGCCUUUUUCAGUCGGCUAAUACUCAAUUGUAAAAUAAAUGUAUAAAAAGUAAAUGGAUUGCAGUAAAAUAAUUUAAUCUAUACUCUCUUUUGUACAACAGCAGGCGAACAGCUGGACCACAUUUAAAGUACGUCCUAGUGGGAAUACCCCCUAUGAUUAUUCUUUAGCUGUAGUAGUUUUUGUGUCCAUUACUACCUGGCAACACUGGCCAUUUCCCCAGCAGCUGGCUUAUCUUAUCUGUUCCUGUGGUAUUUUUUGGGUACAUUUUAAAUAUUUCAUUGUUUAACUCGGAUUUUAGAGUUCUAGUGCCUCCGUCGGUAGUGCAUUAGAUAGUUAGGAAAGUGGGAGCAGUUGAUCUGCGUAUAGUUCCACAAACUGGAACCGAUAAUUUGCAUGCAUUGCAAUUAGUUUGGUGAUCGGUUGGCGAGGCGAGGAACAACCUGUAGCAGCCAGCAGGAAAGUAGAGGAUACUACACGAUUCAACAGCACGCGACAGGAUGAGCUGCUUUAGUGCGAUGAGUGCCCCUCUGCUGGGCGAGAUGGAGCAGACCAUUGGUAUGCUGGAGCGGGGAACAAUUGUGACCAAAUUGUAUGGCAAACAGCGUCGUCCAGAUCGCCGCCACUUGAUGCUCAUCCGCGAGACUCGUCAACUGCUCUGGGCCACGGUGGCCACGCAAACGCCACGAACCGACUACGAGGGAGCAAUCCAGCUGCGAGAGAUCCGUGAGAUUCGCGUGGGCAAGCAUUCGAAGGAGUUUCGCUUGUUUGCAGACGAUUGCCAGCGUUUCGAGUCCACUAAAUGCUUUGUCAUCCUGCAUGGUAGCCACUUUAAGCUCAAGAGCUUUUCGGUGGUGGCUCUGUCGGAGAUUGAGGCCGAUAAUUGGGUAAGAGGACUACGUUACAUGGUCAAAGAUACACUUGGAGCACCUUAUCCUCUACAAAUUGAUCGUUGGCUGCGCCGGGAAUACUAUCAAAUCGAGAAUGUCAAUUCCCAUUCCGCCAAGGCCACGGAACUGUCGCCGGCACAGGUUACUAUCAAGGAUUUUAAGCUCUUCCUGGCCGGCGUUAGCUGUAAGAUGACCACUGGCAAGUUCAUGGAACACUUCUCCGAGGAUGUGCGGCGCAAGCAUGAUCUUAAGUUCGAUGAUUUUUCGCGACUCUAUCAGAAAUUGCUGCUGCCAAAUGGAUUUGCCAGCAAUCUAUCAGGAUCGGGAGCAGCGAACUUUCCCUAUUCUGAGGAUCAACAGGUGGUGCGUCCGGCAGAACUGAAACAGUUCUUAGAGACGGAACAGCGCGAUGUGAGCGCCAGUGAGAUUAGUAACACUGCCAUUACCACCUUUAUUCGGGACUUUAUUCAGGAUGUGGAGCGGGAUGUUCAGGAACCAUAUCUGACCUUCCCCGAGUUUGUAGACUUUUUGUUCUCCAAGCAAAAUGACUUAUGGAACAGCAAAUACGACUCGGUGUUCAUGGACAUGAACCUGCCAUUGUCCUCCUACUGGAUCGCCUCGUCGCAUAAUACCUAUCUGACGGGAGAUCAGUUCUCCAGCGAAUCCUCCUGCGAGGCCUAUGCCCGCGCUCUUCGUAUGGGAUGCCGGUGCAUCGAGCUGGACUGCUGGAAUGGUCCAGAUAAUCUUCCCUACAUCUUUCACGGUCACACCAUGACCUCUAAGAUUAAAUUUAUGGAUGUCAUUAAGACGAUCAAGGAUCAUGCCUUCACCAGUUCCGAGUAUCCGGUGAUAUUGUCCAUCGAGCAGAACUGCUCCCUAGAACAGCAGCGCAACAUGGCACAGGCCUUGAUCGAGGUCUUCGGAGACAUGCUACUGACUCAGCCCUGCGAUCGUAACGAGCAGCACUUGCCUUCGCCAUAUCAACUGCGUCGCAAGAUAAUCCUGAAACACAAGAAGUUGCCACAGUUUGAUGACCUCAGCAAUGGAAUUUCUGGUACCGGAUCUCUGGGCCAUAGAUCGUCACUGGGAGGAGCUGGUGGUGGAGCACAUGGGGAGAACGAUGGCGAGAAUGUGCGCAAAGUCUUUAAGGAGGGAUUGCUGUACUUCAAGGAUCCGGUCGAUAAGUCAUGGAAUCUUUACCAAUUCGUGUUGACACAUCAGGAGCUUAUUUACUCUUCUGAGAUCAAUGAAUCGCGCAAUGGCAACUCCGAGGAUGAUGAUUUUGGGCUGUCCUCAUCGUGCUCACUGAACAGCAAUAUGCAGCAAAAGCAGAAAGAUACGUCGGCCAAUGAUGAGUUGCACUUUGGCGAGAAUUGGUUCCAUGGCAAACUAGAAGGUGGCAGAAAGGAAGCAGAUGAUCUUCUUAAGCAGUAUAAACAUUUUGGCGAUGGAACAUUUUUAGUACGCGAAUCGGCAACAUUUGUAGGCGACUAUAGUCUAUCGUUUUGGCGACGAAAUCGACCCAAUCACUGUCGCAUUAAGUUAAAGCAUGAAAAUGGAUCAAUCAAGUACUAUUUAGUGGAGAAUUUCGUCUUCGAUUCACUUUACUCCCUGAUCGUUUACUAUCGCAAGAAUAUGCUGCGAAGCUCGGAGUUUUCGAUUAUACUGAAGGAACCUGUACCGCAACCAAAGAAGCACGAGGAUCAGGAAUGGUUCCACCCGAACACAACAAAGGAGCAAGCCGAACAGGGUCUAUAUAGACUAGAUAUUGGAUCGUUUCUUGUGAGACCAUCAGUGCAGAGUGUUAAUGCCUUCGUUAUUUCUUUCACAAUCAAUCGAAAGAUAAAGCAUUGUCGUAUAAUGCAAGAGGGUCGUUUGUACGGCAUUGAUACUAUGAAUUUCGAGUCUCUGGUCUCCCUGAUCAACUACUAUACCCGAAACCCGCUAUAUCGCAAUGUUAAGCUCAGUCACCCAGUUUCUCAGGAGCUUCUGCGACAGGCGCUAGCUGAGGUUGCCCAAGGUGAUCAUAGUGGUCAUGACGAUAACGGCGCAUCCAACUAUAUGGGCUCCAAUCUGGAAGAGUAUGUUACCUGCAAGGCACUCUACAGCUACAAGGCUAACAAGCCGGACGAACUCUCAUUUCCCAAGCAUGCUAUCAUCACGAAUGUCCAAAGGGACAACUCGAUGUGGUGGAUUGGUGACUACGGCGGUAUGAUAAAGAAGCAUCUGCCGGCUAACUACGUAAAGGUUAUUGAUUCCGCCACGGAAGACUACAACUCGUUGAACGAAGAGGGUACAGACGGUCGCACCGAUUCUAUAGAGAUCUUUGGAGCUGUGGCUUCUUUAUUCGAGUCCAAUGAUCCGGGCAUCAUUUUUAAACUGCAAAUACAAACUCCAACGAUGCAGAAUCCGUUUGUGAUUGGCUUUGACAACCAGGAGACGGCCUAUGAGUGGAUAAAAGCCAUCCAGGAAGCGGCCCUCAUCGCCAGUCAAUUAGCAUCGGAGAGAAGGAAAAAGGAGCGCACUGCUCGAGUGGCCAAGGAGAUGUCUGAUCUGAUCAUCUAUUUCCGCAGCGUACCGUUCCGUGAACAUUCGUGGAUAUUCCAGGAAAUGUCCAGUUUCCCAGAGACGAAGGCGGAGAAACAAUUCUUUCAGCAGAAUACACAACUGUUUCUCUCCUAUCAUCGGAAUCAGAUAAGUCGAGUGUAUCCAAAGGGUCAGCGCUUGGAUUCAUCAAACUUUAACCCAAUGCCAUUCUGGAAUAUCGGAUCACAGAUGAUAGCACUGAAUUACCAGACGGGAGAUAAGGCAAUGCAGCUGAAUCAGGCCAAGUUUCGAAAUAAUGGACAAUGUGGCUAUAUAUUAAAGCCAUCGUUUAUGAAGUCAGAUAGCUUCAAUCCGAAUAAUCCCCUUUGCGAUGGCUUUGGCGAGGUGAAAGUAAGCAUUCGACUUAUAGCCGCACGUCAUCUAUUCCGAGGUGGCAAAUCAAAUAAUCCACAGAUCGUAGUCGAAAUAGUUGGUGCCAGUUAUGAUACUGGCGUUAAAUAUCGCACCAAAGUCAAUGAGAAUGGCUUCAAUCCCGUGUGGAAUGAGUCUUGCGAGUUCAAUGUGCGUAAUCCACAAUUCGCGAUUCUUCGCUUUGAAGUCCAGGACGAGGACAUGUUUGCCGAGACACACUUCAUCGCCCAGGCCUGUUAUCCGCUUACUUGUAUAAGACAAGGCUAUCGCAGUGUCAUUAUGCGAAAUAAAUUCAGUGAGGAACUGGAACUAUCAUCCUUACUGAUCAACAUUAAGAUUGCAAAUUCUACUUCCCCAUAAAAGGAUUGAUGGUAAUGUCUUAUUAACUGGAUCAUCGAUGUAUUAAGAGUGCAAACUAUGAUUUCAAAUCUGCAAGUAUGUAUGUUUAAAAAAGAACAAAUGUUUAACUGAAAGAAAGCUUAGCUAUUUCACAUAGGCAAUUUGUCAAACACUGUACAUACACCAUUUCAUCGAACAAUGACCUCAUUCUCCGACUCGUAAUACUUUUUAAGGGAAGAUACCUGAAACUUAUUAUGAUUAAGGUUUAUAGAUUGUUUUCUAUACAAAUCGGAAGUUAUGGUAGUGCAUAUCGUACAACAAGUAUUCAGAAAACUAUAAAAAUCUGAAAUCCUUAAAGUAAAAUCAAAUUUUUCGAAGUAACACAGUCUGAUUUCUUAGUUUAGAAUUUGGUAUUUAAUAACUUAUAUUGCAAUGGAAACUAAAUGAUUUGAUAUAUUUAGAACUGAUAAAGAAAUUGUCAGCUUAAUAUUUUUAACUAGUACCUUCGCUAUUAAGGCAAACACGAUAAAUAACUAAAUGAGAAUGCACAUAAGAAAUUAAACUGUGUAUAUUAGAAAAUCUAGGUAACUUUUUAUAUUCAGUUUCAGUACUAUAUAUGAUUUAGCAUAUUUUCAUAUAUAUUUGUUUGCAAUCUAUUUAAAAAAAACAACAAUUUUUUAUCAAAGAAAGGUGAAAAACUAUCUCUAAAUCUUUUCCUUAGCACAAAUACUCAAAAAGCAUUUUGAUCCUUACCAUUCAACUCUUUAUUUGUUGUUUAUUUACAAACUUAUUUAUUUUGCAAAAAUACCUAACUUUUCGAGUCUUGAAUGUCUUCCAGUCUUGUCUAACAAUUUCGAGUCUACGAAUUUUAAUUACUGUUAUUUAUCCAUAAAUAUUCGCAGAAGUCAUAAUAUUAAAUCACAAAUCUAGAAAAACUAUACAUUUUUAAAAGUAUGAAUCAUUAACACUAGUUUACAAGUGCCUUAUAAAUCAAAUUAAAUACAGUUUCAAAACUGAUUCUAUUAGUGUGUCAAUCUAGGAAAUUAUUCAACGUUGAUCAUUAAUUCUUACUAAUUAAAAUGUAUGCAAAAAUAACUAUAAUCAAAUCAGCGACUAAAUGUUAUCGUGAAAUGUAAUUUAUUAAAGUUCUUACCGUUUAAAAUGCAUAAAUAAAUGUAAAUUAAACAUAAAGGAUCUAUAAAAUGCACUAGUCGGUUUAAGAAAUGAAAUGAAUGAAAUGAAUCCUCUGGAGUUUUAAUGAAUUAUCGAGCAGAUUUACAAUCUGAAAACGACUUGCAUUCCAUUCGAAUGCAGAACAUAAUGAUCAAUACAUCUUUAAACAUAUCAUUUGUCUUGCACUUGCAUUUAAUUAUUUAAUCAACAUUCUGCAGCUUCCAAUGCUAAAAACAAAAACAUGCAAAUAAGCAUAGAUCUUUAUUGGACAUUUUCGCUAUUGAAGAUUUAGCCAAUAACUUUUAGUAUAUGUAACCAAAAUGUAUUUAAGUUGUACGUUCCGUUUUUAAGUGUAUUUGUAUGUCUAAAAUAGAUAUUUUCAACUAUUUUAUAAAGCCUUAUAUUCAGCGAACACACAAUAUGUAUAAAAACAUACAUUAUUUAAUGCCAAAUAAAUAUUUACCGGCGUUAGCUGUCUAUA